CUUUCAAUUCAUCAGCCAUUUUUUAUGCCCAAUAACAACAUUUUGAAACCAGAAAUUGAUGAUGAUUUUUGCAUAGACUCUAAAGAUUAUUAUCUUAAAGAUUUUGAACACCUUGAUCUUAAUUUUUCUAAUACCACCUUCAACAAUUUUUCUCAAAAUUUUAUGAUUGAUGAUGAUACCAAUGGUACUACUUAUCAUGACCCCUUUGAUCCAUUUUCAAAUAUUGAGGAUAAUUUUUCUUCAUUAGGGGAUUUUAACUUUAGUAGUCAUGAGCUUACUCCAUUUGAUCAAGAAAAUGGAGAGAGUGGUGGUAGCAAAGUAAUGAAGAAUAAUUUUCAUGAUGAUGAAUUUAUGAAGCCUAAUUUGAACUUUGUUAAUGUGCCUGAUGAUCAAAGUUCAUGUGUCACUGGUGAUAACAAUUUAUCUUCAUCUAUUAAGAAAAAGUUAGGUGGUAGAGGGAGGCCGAAGAAGUCGUCUAAAUCGUCCAAAGGACAAUGGACGAUUGAAGAAGACAGGCUUUUGAUCCAUUUGGUAGAGAAAUUUGGAAUUAGAAAAUGGUCUCAAAUUGCUCAAAUGCUCAAAGGGAGGAUAGGCAAGCAAUGUAGGGAAAGGUGGCACAACCAUCUUAGACCUGAUAUAAAAAAAGAUUUUUGGACGGAGGAGGAAGACAGGAUCUUAAUCGAAGCUCAUGGUGAAGUGGGAAAUAAAUGGGCAGAAAUUGCAAAGAAACUUCCUGGAAGAACUGAGAAUUCAAUUAAGAACCAUUGGAAUGCAACAAAAAGAAGACAAUUUUCAAGAAGAAAAUGUCGUACCAAAUGGCCAAGACCUAGUUCUCUUCUCCAAAAUUACAUCAAAAGUUUGAAUUUAGAAAAAGGAAGCACCAAAAAAGACACAAAUCCCAAUGGUCGCGUGGAGUAUACAGGUUCAGUCGCUGAAAACAGAAAUGAAAAUUUGGCUAACAGGCCUAAGCGUCAUGCUAAUAUAGCCAAAGUGAAGGUGUCGCCUAAGCUAGAAGCGAUUGAAUUUUGCCAAGACAAUAAUGCUGGUGAUUUUGAUUUGAGCGAAGUGCCAGAAUUUGCAUUGGGUGAUAAUUUUUUUGAUGAGAAUAAAUCAAUGGAUGCUUUUAUGGAAGAGAUUAAUCCUAAUGUUGGUACUUCCAUUAUGCCUUGUAAUUAUGAAAUGCCAACAUUGAUGAUGCAAGGUGAAGUCAACAAGGAGAUUGAUUUGAUAGAGAUGAUUUCUAGAGUUAAUUAA